GAAGGAUUGCUUGAGCCCAGGAGGUUGCAGCAGCAGUGAACCAUGAUGGUGCCACUACACUCCAGCCUGGGCGACAGAUGCAAUACAAAAUUGUGUGAAAAUCACAGAAACAAUUACCCACAAUGUCCCGCUCAAGAAAGAACCGAUAGACCAGCAGCCCACAAGACAAUACAAAGGAUGGGAGCAGCUUCCAUUACUUUCAAGGGAGAUUUGAGCUCUCUGGGAAGAGCAGACAGUAUCCAGCAGAUGCAUUGGAGCCCCAACCUGGUAUUGGAGAUGUUAAGGACAUUGAAAAAGCAGCAAAGUCUAUGCUAGACCCAGUACACAGAUCUCAUUUUCACCUUGUAACCCCAAGCUUAGUAUUUUUGUGUUUUAUAUUCGAUGGAUUACACAAGGCACUACUCAGUGUCGGUGUGAGCAAAAGGUCUAAUAUUGUGAUUGGGAAUGAGAACAAGGAAACAGGUACUCUCUAUGCUAGCAAAUUCGAAGAUGUUUUGCCUACCUUCACUGCCCUUGAGAUGUCAUCAAUUCUCCGUCACUGCUGUGAUCUUCUGAUAGGCGUUGCUGCCGGAUCAAGUGACCCGAUACGCACCAACAGCCUCGAAGUACAGAGACAAUUCAAGGCAAUGAUGAUAUCCAUUGGAAGACCUUUGCAUAGUGAAAGUGCUGAUUUAUUAAUUAGCUAUAAUGCAGGGCCAGCUAUAGAUUGGAUCAACUCAAGACCAUGGGUUGGAGGAUUAAUGUUCACAUUUCUAUUUGGAUUUGAAUCCCCUGCACGUGAGCUACUUGAUCAAGUUAAAGUAGUUGCCAACAAAGCACAGAUGACGACUUACUACACUGUGAAAAUGUUCCCGGAUCAGUGCGUGGAUGGUUCCAUUGCUUUACCAGCUGUUGUGUCCGAGAUUCCAGUUUUUGAGCAGAAGAAAGCACUGGUUAAAAAGGCACUUGGAGAUUUCUUUGAAUUUGGGGCUGUACUUCGCCACCCUGUUAUUGGGGAGCUAUCACCACGAAUGUUCCCAAACCUAGCAACAGCAGCAAACUACUGGGCCAAAAGAAGGAGUCCCACGUUUUCUGGAUUUGAAGCCCUUGACUUUAUACCAGGAUCAACUAUUACAUUCCCUCUACUUCAAAUGGCAUCUGCUCGAAAAAUCUCCAGAGGAAGUGACAUGGAUCCAUAUACAGUUAACAUCCUUCGCGGUUAUGGGAUUUCGGGAUUUGAAUAA